GAUGAGAUGGACGUUCCGCUUGAUGUUGUCCUUCUUCAGGUCAAGAGGCCGGGGGGCCUGUCCUGCCUUCUCCGGGGGCGCGAGCAAAAGACCCUCUCCCUGUCCCCUCCACCCAUUGCACCGCACAUUCUUCGUCAUCGCUGCUGCUCCGCCCUGGCCAUCUCGCACGGACCUCUUGCCACCUCCUGUCCCCGCCGCCCAUGCACCCGCGGAAUCGCUUCGCCUCGCGGACCCCCUGCUUCCGGACCCUCGCCCAGAAGUAUCCCUUCCUCGCGGACUUUGUCCGGGACCGUGACCCGGCCGACGCCCAGACCAGCCAGGCUGCCACAGCGGGUCGCACACGCCCCCCUCUGGCCAGCAUCGACUUCUCCCGACCCGGGGCCACGGCUGCACUGACCCGGGCCCUGCUGCUGGAUGAAUUCAACUUGGAUGUCGUCCUCCCCGAGGGGGUCCUCUGCCCGGCGAUCACGGUCAGGCUAAACUACAUCCACUGGGUGGAGGAUUUGCUUGGCCUUGGCGAGGACGCGGAGGAUGCCACGGGCCUGGUCCCGCCCUCGGCCCGAUCCCCAGCCUGCGGCAUUGACAUUGGUGUUGGCCAUUCGUGCAUCUAUCCACUGCUGGCUCUGCGGCUCCAUCCGGAUUGGAUGAUGCUCGGCAUCGACACCAACGCCGAGUCGCUCGCUUCAGCCCAGGCGAACAUCGAGCGCAAUGGUCUUGCCAAGGAAAUUGCCCUCUUCCACACUCUCCGGCCAGACGGGGCCCUUGCGAUCCUGGAGCCGCUCUUCCACCCGGACACCGGUGAUCUGGAAUUGUCCCCCUUCGGGGACUCCAGACCCACGGCCCUCUCAUUGCCACGGCGCCUGGACUUCACCAUUUGCAACCCGCCCUUUUACACGGGGCAGGCCCAGCUGGAUGCGUCGGCUGGUUUGCGCCGGGCCUCGGGGGCCGGCGCUUGGACGACCACUCGCCCGCCGGGGGCUGCGCAUGAGUUGAGCACCACCGGCGGCGAGGCGGCCUUUGUCCGUCGGCUGGUGGACGAGUCCUGUCUUCCUGGCCUGCAGACCCGCAUCCGAUGGUACACCAGCCAGCUGGGAUUUGCCUCACAUGUUGAGGAUGUCCGCCGUCACCUGCGAGAGAAAUCCAUCGCAAACUUCCAGGUUGCCGAGUUUCGCCAAGGGCGUACCGCUCGAUGGGCAAUUGCCUGGUCCCAUACUGAGGCCCAUAUUCCACGCAGCCCCCUGGCCAUCGGCAAGCAUGCCAGGCCGCGAGCCAUCCACUUUGAGGAGUUCUCCCUGACACGACACAAAGACCCUCCUGGCCCGGUGCCGGAGUUAUCCUCCCUGAAGGCCAGCCUGGCACGCUUCUUCGGCCUCUCGGCCGGCGGAGGAGUUGUGAUUGAGGCGUGCCGACUCACCGGCGUGCCGGACAUCGACGCGCCGGAUGGCGACUCUUCCCACGCGCCAGUCGACGGGCCGCGCCGUUCCCCGCAGCUCAUCAUGCGCCUGCGGAUGCUCUUCAACCCGUGGAACCGCAAGGCCCGGCGUUUGCAUGGUGCAAAGCGCCCGGCCAGUGAGGCUCUGGCUGACUCGGCACAACCGCCGGCCGACGGUGGGCCCACCCCGGAGGCAGGGGACGCACCGGCCCACGAUCCCCCGGACUUCAUGAACCAGACAUACCUCUUCCGAUGUGAGAUUCUCUGCACCCCGGCUGCUCGCCCUUCGGAGUCCGGCGCAGGCCAUGAGGAGGGCCAGGAGGCAGUGCAUGUGCGCUGUGUCUGGCUCGAUGGCCCGUCGGCCAAUGCGCGGCUGCAGUUCGGCCAGCUGGUCACGCGCCUGAGAGAGCACCUCUCAAGCACAUAUCACAUGCUUUGAUCAGACCACGGAAUACCAUUUCAACACACCACUGGCCGCAUAUGUUGUUGCC